AUGACCAAAAAACCCGAGCAAAGGAAUGAAUUCCCCGAGCAGGAAGACGGCGAGGACCCGCAACAGAAUGCGAAACUCAAUCCGCAAACAGAAAGCUCGCUUUUCCAUAGACUGCCACAGGAGAUUCGAGACUGCAUCUGGACUCAGCUCUUCUCCUCUACCAGAUUUACUUUCGGAAAGACUCCAGCUAGCCGUAUCGGAAGGGUGAAUAUCAAACCUGCGCCGAACGGCCUCGCACUGCUUAGCACAUGUCGUCGAGCGUACCUCGAGAUUGGCGACUCAUGGCUUCGCCACGUCCUAUUCUGCUUCGAGACCAUCGAGACAAUGCUCGAUAAGCUUUCUGCCCUUUCUGUCGACACUCUCUCAAAAUUACGCUAUAUGAGAGUGCGCGGCGACACUCUUCUAUUGAACUACCCCGAGGAUGAGGGCUAUUAUCCCCUUGUCUGUGUUCUCAAGCUGCUUCCUGGUCUACAGCUUGACCAGCUUACUAUCCUCGGCGGCUUUGUGGAUCACAUCAGUUAUGGUUCACUCAACCGUCUUAUUAAGGACGGUAAUGGAUGGAAAACCCUACGUUACAUUAGCUACAGCUCAGCAAUGCUCGGGUUCCGGUCAGCAGAACACCUGCUGGGCUUCUGGGAGUAUCAAACGAAUUACUGGAGGAAGCCCCAACCAGCGCAGUGGCAAAAAAUCAUGGAAAGUCGUGACGGGGCAGCUUCCAACCCUUCGGUGACAGUCUACCGGGCCAAGGAGCCAGCCCAGUGCGGUUCUAUCCUUGACCCGAGUAGGCGGGCGAAAUUCGAACAGAAAGCGCCCCUUUCCCCGAACUUACCGGAGCACGUGUUCUUAGAAGACCGCGAACUACUGGCUGGGGACGAACAAAAGAAGGAACUGAUGGUGGUAGUGAGGAGGGGGCACGAUGUCGAGUACGAGGAAAUGGAGAGCUCGCCGUUGAUCGAAUCUGAUAUCCGGCGUGAUUUGCCGGGGAUGGAAUGGAAACAAAUCCGGGCUCGGCAUAUUGAUAACCCGAUUGAUGGCGAAGAUGAGGGUGGGGAUAAGGAUAAGGCUUGGCCAUUCAACGACAGAGAGAAUGAGCCCGCGAAGGCAGAUGUCUACAGGGAUGUUGACGAUUAUGUCUGGGCUUUGGGCCCCUGGGACCCCGAUCUAUGA